AUGGCACAGCCAACGUGUGAUAAGUCAUAUGACCAAUCUUUUGUAGAAAAGGACACAUUGCACUCCUUGGGCUCUAAGUCAUGUGGUGUGAGCUCUUCAAUGGGCUUUUCAUCAAGAAGUCAUAGUGCAUUUAGUGAGCAGCUGAACAGUGCACAAGAACCAGCUAAGGGCAAUAAGAAGAGGGCUAGACCAGGUGAAAAUGGUGGGCCGAAGCCAAGGGACAGACAAUUGAUCCAAGAUCGUAUUAAGGAGUUGAGAGAGAUUGUGCCCAGUGGAUCAACGUGCAGUAUUGAUUUACAUUUAGAGCGCACAAUCAAGCAUAUGCUCUUUAUGCAAAGCAUCAUUAAGCAUGCUGACACACUAAGUAAAUGCGUAGAGUCAAAGUUGCACUACAAAAGAACAAGUUUAGGAGGCUUACCAGGAUAUGAUCAAGGUUCAAGCUGGGCAAUGGAAGUGGGAAGUCACCUGAAAGUUUGCCCUAUAAUGGUAGAGAACAUUAACGUGAAUGGGCAAAUGCUGAUUGAGAUGUUGUGCGAGGAAAGCGGCCAUUUUCUUGAGAUUGCAGAAGCCGUCAGGAGCAUUGGUCUAGCGAUUUUGAAAGGUGUAGUGGAAGCUUUUGGGAAAACAACACGAAUGAGUUUUGUGGUUGAGGGGCAGAACAACAGAAGCAUGCAUCGGAUGGAUGUGUUGUGGUCACUCGUGCAGAUAUUGCAACCCAAGACAAUGGUUUGGCAGCUAUGACAAAUACUGAACUGAAAAUCAAAUCAAGCACAGAAGGUAGAGGCUUCCAUGUGGAUCCUGAAGAUAUUUGGAGUUUUAGUCGCACCUAUACAAGUCUAUAGCGCUGUAAAGAUUUGCUUCUCUUUUAUGUUGUUGUGUGUAGAGAUGGGGCAUCUUGCUCUUGUUCUUGUUCUUUUUCUUUUUUAUCUGUUUACUUUUGUGUACCUCAGAUUAUUUUGACCUUGUUUGUCCUCUUGGAUCAGUUUUUGAAAGGCUUGGUAAUUGAAAAUCAUUUUUUACAAGCAAUUAAAUCAUGCGUGUAAA